CACCAGCAGUGUGUGAGGAGACCUGAAAGUGGCACAUGGCAGAGUGUCGCGAUGGAGACAGCAGCAAUGGGGAGGCCGUACAGGGACCCAUGAGACACUGUGGACCUGGCAGCAGCAUGAGGAGGCGGUACAGAGGGGCCCAUACAGCAGCAAUGGGAGGCCGUACAGGGACCCAUGAGAUACCUCCUGGACCUGGCAGCAGCAUGACGGAGGCGGUACAGGGGCCCAUGGCAUAGAUUUACGGGCCUGGCAAGCAGCAAUGGGAGGGCCGUAAUCUGCCAGCCACCCUAUGACAAAAAAUGGAACACACACCAGCAGUGUGUGAGGAGACCUGAAAGUGGCACAU